AUUCGCGUUCCAUGCAUGUAGCAAUUUUAACGCAGUUCUGCUAAAAAAUAAAUAUCCAACAAAUUUUGCAUAUUCCGAAAUUCUAUAAAAAUACUAAGUUUCCAAUUCUACUAACUUCCCAAAUUUGACAUGUCGGCGUUUCCAACUCCUCCUCCCAAGUGGAGUGAAAAUGACAUCAAAAUUAAUGUCCUAAAAGUCGUCCUCGUAACCUUCAUCGUUCUGCAUUACUUCCGACCAAUGCAACCAGAGGUUCGGAUCAGCAGUGAUGGCGUCACGUGGAACGCGACUCAUUGGGCUGGCUAUAAUGCUAGCUCGCCGCCUAAUAAUUCCACCCAGGUUUCGAUAAGCAUGAUCCAGGUGGAAGCAAAUAUAACAAAAGGAAAGGAGUUAUCCCUAAACUUUGUCCUCGUACAAGAGUGGGACGAUCCGCGAUUUGUCAUCCGAUCAAAAAGUGGAGCACGCGGUCCAACGUCCAUGAAUAUUGAGGAGAUUAAAGGACCAGAUGGAGAUUCUGUUACAAUUUGGAAACCAUCCAUUAGGACGCACCCGACCCACGAGGGAGAGAAGACCAGGGACGAAACCAGGCUUUGGAAGGGUGGCAAGCUGAUCCGAUUUCAACCUUUGAGUAUCAUCUUGCCCUCGUGGAGCGACAACGAAGACGGCGUCGAGUUGGACUAUAUGGUCAAACUUUGCCCCACGCUGGAACUCCUCGAUGGGGUCGUGUUGGACUGGAACGCUCCAAAUGGACGGGCUCCCAUCAGUAUGAUCAACGAAGAUCACGAGAUCGGAGCUGUGAUGCAAGUGAAGGCUAAAAAGCAAAAUUGGCGGAUGUCUGUUAAAACGGGGCAAUGUGAGACUGGCGACUCUGCCCUUAAGAAGCGAAGCUGUCUCGCUGCGCGAUUCAAACUAAGCGAGAUUCCCCUCCGGAAUCGCAGAACCGAAUUGAAUACGAUAAUUUUUGCUGCUCUUUUAUCGUUAUCACUUUGCGUGUUAUUUAUAAAUAAUUUCAAUUUUAGCCGUGUAUCGUGGAUUAUAAAGAUGUAAUUUUGAAACCUGUGUUUUGGAGUUAAAUGAUAAAAAUGUACUUAAUUUCAGGCAUUUUAUUUCGCCUAAUUUGUUAAA